AUGGGCACCCCUGAAUGGGGCGCUGACGCCGGUGGCGGCCCGCCAUCCCCAGAGGGUCAUGGAGGUAAUAGCCCGCCUCAGAGAGCGCUGAUGCCGAGUCCAAGAGGCAUGAGAGGCCGGGGAGGUCCCAGGCGCACAUCAGAAGCAAGCGACUUGCUUGAAACAGAGGCUCCAGAGACGGAGCUGUACACCAAAGAAAAUCUUCCUCCAGCUGCCGAACAUGAGAUCGAGUUCAUAGUGCCGCACGCAACAUCGUUUCCUAGUGGUGAUAAAGUGCGAUCACCACCCCUGAUGGUGCGAAACUUCAGAUUUAGGAUACUGUGCUUUCCCUCGGGAACUUCAAGUGCUGGUGGGACCGCCGUCAGCGCGUUUGUGGAGGCCGAUCCUCCGGAAGGGCUCGAUCCUCGAUGGGUUUUCCAAGGCGUGAAGUACCAGGUGGUGCUUGUCAACUGGCUGGACUACCGCAGAAGUGUGCUCAAGUCCGACACUUGGAGCUUCUCCAAGGAUGGGAUCGACAGAGGUUGGCACGAUAUGGUGAGGACAUCUGAGUUGUCUCAGGACACCGGCUGGUUAGGCCCUCGUGACAGCCUUUGCUUCCGGGCAUGCGUCUGCGUCCGACAGGCCGACAGUGUCCAAGCUGGUCAAGACUACAACUGUAGGAAAGAAACUGGAUACGUCGGCUUGAUGAACCACGGUGCAACGUGUUACAUGAAUGGCUUGCUUCAGAGCCUCUUUCAUGUCGGAGAAUUCAGGCGAAUUGUUUAUUCCAUCGAGUGCGAAAAGGAGGAAAAGGAGGAUGCGCCAAUGGAAAGAGCGGGAGACACCGAUGCAGAAGGUGAUAUUUCCCUGAUCCAGGCUUUGCAGAACGUUUUCUACAGACUGCAGACCUCAGAGCAGGCUGUCAAUUGCAAAGAAUUGAUGAAAUCUUUCGGAUGGGACACAACAGAUGCUUUCACGCAGCAUGACGCACAGGAGCUGAACAGGAUCCUCUGUGAUCGGCUGGAGGAGCAGAUGAAAGGCACUCCCAUGGACGGAUCCAUCAAGAGGCUUUUCGAAGGCGAGAUGGAGAACUACAUCGAGUGCUUGGAUGUUGACUACACCUCCAAGCGGCGCGAGACGUUUUAUGACAUUCAGCUGAACAUCAAGAGUGAAAAGGGCAACGACCUCCAGACCAUUGAGGAAUCUCUCAAAGAAUUCACUGCGGAUGAGAUGCUUGACGGUGACAAUCUUUACGAGGCUGAGGGCUACGGCAAGCAGCGGGCAAAGAAGGGCAUCCGAUUCGUGCAGUUCCCACCUGUCCUCAAUCUGCAGCUCAAGCGCUUUCACUUCGACAUGGAGCGCAUGGACAUGGUGAAGUUGAAUAGCCGCUUCGAGUUUCCUCGUCGAUUAGACUUGUCAAAGUUUGCGCCCGGCGCUGGGCAUUAUUUGCUGCACUCAGUGGUGGUACACAGCGGUGACGUGAACAGCGGACAUUACUACGCCUACAUACGGCCAAAUCUGGACGAGCGCUGGGUCAAGUUUGACGACGACAAUGUCACGCCGUGCAGUGACUUUGCCGCUGUUGAGGACAACUUUGGAGGCAGUGACCCCAAUGCCACCAACUACUUCGAUCGCAGUCCGUCUGAGCUCAAGAACUUUCAAUGGCCAAGCCGUCCGCGCAUUCACAACGCGUAUAUUCUGGUCUACAUCCGGGAAGACUGUGCGGAGGAUGUUCUGCGCAUCCCUGACCCAAUGCAGGUCAACAGCCGGAUGGUGGAGAGAUGUAACGCUGAGGUGAGACUGCAAGAGCAACGCCGCAGGGAGAAGUUGGAGCUCCAGACUAAGAUCAGGAUAAACUUGAUCUUGGAGAACGACUUGUGCUCCAUGACGGGCUUCUGGGACUACACUAGCAUCCCAACGGGGCAGUCCUUCAAGAUGAACCGAGAUCAGUUUGUCAAGGACCUGCUACUGCAUGCUGAGGAGCUCUUGCAGGUGAAUCCUGCGCACCUGGCACUUUUUGUGCUUCACUUCCGCUCGAAUCCACGACAGGUGAGAUUUGAGUUCAUGCCGCAGGCAAAGUCUCUCAGGUCACAGAUACCGCCUGUCACCUCUCCUCAUUAUGACUCGCAAGACCCGUGCAUCACCGUUUUAUGCGUGGCAGCCAGAGGCUAUGCUGUGGGUCCUCCACCUUUGAGGUGGCAGAAUGAGUCUGCAGAGCCAGAAGAGUUGUCCAGGUGGGACGAACAAGCGAUUAUGCUUGUGGUGAAGUACUUCUGCAUCCAGAGACGGAAGCUCGUCACUUUGGGGUGCUACUACAUGCCUCAGAACGAAGCUCUCAUCACAAUGGUGAAAAGCAACUGGGUGAUGGAGAGACUACAGCGGUUUUUGGACAGUCAGGAGGUGGCGCCACUUCCGCCCCAGUUGCAGUCGGUGGAGGAGGAUGGAGUGAAGCUGGAUUCGGUCUGGGAAUGCUGGGAAGAAUACACAGAGCGCGAGAUACAACGGCGAAGCGCCAAAAAGUCAGCGAAAACAGAGCGGCUUUGGUGUGGUGACAUCAUCGUCUGGCAGCAAGCUUCGCCCUCACCACCAGAGGUGGCCGGAGAGGAAAGCUCGCUGCAGCCAGGGCAGGUGGCUCCUACCUAUCCCGUUGAAAAUGUCUUUGACUUGCUCGAACACCAAGUGAAUUCCAUUGAAGUGCAAGUGACACUGGUUGAUCGGAAGCAGCCGCUUUGCAUCGACGGCGUGGUGAUGAAUGGCCACUGGGGUGCGUACAGGCCGUCAACUGCGCAGGAGGGAACGCGUGAGGAGAAGCCAGAGGACAUUGCGCUGUCCAAGAGUCCGGCAAAGUUCGCGACGGCUGUGACAAAGGAGCUUCAGAUGGAUCUGCGGUGGACCCAAAGCCAUGUCACAGGAAUCAUUGCCCAGGCGUUUGAUCUGAAGAGCGUGACGACGCCUGCGUCAACAUCUUCCCCAGACAACGAGACCUUUCUGUGGCUUUUCCAGUCUCCGCCGUCAAAUGGAGAGGAACCCAUCAGCACGAGCAUACACUCUCGCUCCACGCUGAAGGAUAUCCAGCGCUAUGCGCCAUACGUGUCACCAGCAGGAGGAAAGAAGCCUUUGAAUCUCCAUGCCGUGGAGAUGCCCUUUCGGCCAGGCGCUGACGGUUUAGACUCGAACUUCUGGGCCUUUGGCGUGCGGUUUUUUGAUUCCGCCGUGCGGGAGGUUGGAAGCGCGAUUUGCUAUGUGAAUGUUGCCACGGGCACAGUGGAGGAUCUGUUAAGAGCAGCAGAACCUCACAUUGAGCCUGACUGGAAAAUCUCCGGGCCGCUGCGAGCAAUGGAGGUCAUUGAUGGGAUGGCCACGCUGUGGAGGCCGACGGACCCUUUGCGCACCCUGAACUGCUAUGGGAAGUACAAUGUGCUUUACCAUGCGGUGCGCAUCGAGGCAGACCUUGACACAGCCUCGAUGUCACCGGAAGAUCGGCUCGUGGAGGUUUACCACUGCGACCGCUCCAGUCAGCAGGCCUUUGGUCAGCCUCUGUUUCUCCCUGCUGCACCGGGAGAGAAAGCUGGCAGCUUCAAGACUCGAUGUAAGGAGCGACUUGGGGUGCCUGAGAACGAGUUCAAGACGUGGAGGUUGGUCCGGACUGGGCAGAGGGCAGGGCGACAGCAUCUCAAAGAUGACGAUGCUCUGGAUUCAGAAUCCGCGCUAGAUAGCAGGAUUUGCCUGGAACAUGUACAUCCUAAUCCCAGUUAUGCCAGAACUUCCAGGUACAACAAACCUCUGACAAUCAAGUGA